GUCUGCAGGGGCUUUGACCGCUUCCGGGUGGGGUUGGCAGUCUAGCUCGCAAGUCUGGUGAGCCAGCUGGGCUUCGGGCGCGGGGGACUGGGCGACGCCAUGGCCUGCACUCUCGUGCCCUUCUGCAGCUUCCAGGACCUCGAGUCGGCGCGGGAUUUCCUGUGCUCUCAUCUUCGGCAGAGCGGCGCGGGUGAACCGUGGGGUGCCAAGGAAUGCGGCGGUAAAUCAUCAAACUGGGAAGAAGAGAGUUGGGGUCCUUGGGAUGAAGCAGAAACUCAAGAACCUGAAGAAGAAGAAGAAGAAGACUUAGCUUCUAAAACACAAGCAAGUUCCUGGCUUCAGGACUGUGUAUUAUCUUUGUCACCAACAAAUGAUCUCAUGGUAAUAGCUCGUGAGCAGAAAGCAGUGUUUUUUGUCCCAAAAUGGAAACAGAAUGAAAAAGGGAAAGAAGAAAUGCAAUAUGCAGUUGGCUGGAGUGGCUCCCUUGGCUGGAAUGGUCCUUGCAGUGUUGAAGAAAUUGAAUGUGUAACCAGUGCAUUGUGCAUCCCCCUUGCAAGUCAAAAGAGGAGCUCCACAGGCCGUCCUGACUGGACCUGCAUUGUUGUAGGAUUCACUUCUGGCUAUGUCCGCUUCUAUACUGAGAGUGGAGUAUUGCUUCUGGCACAGCUUUUAAAUGAAGAUCCUGUCCUGCAGCUUAAAUGUAGAACUUAUGAGAUUCCACGGCAUCCUGGAGUUACAGAACAGAAUGAGGAACUGAGCAUCCUAUAUCCUUCAGCAAUUGUGACAAUCGAUGGUUUUAGCUUAUUCCAAUCUCUCCGUGCUUGUCGAAAUCAAGUGGCCAGGGCUGCAGCUUCAGGCAAUGAAAAUGUUCAGCCACCUCCGUUAGCCUAUAAGAAGUGGGGUUUGCAGGAUGCGGAUACUAUUGUUGAUCACAUUAGUGUUG